UCUGGCUGCGUCUGCUGUGGGGCUUCAUGGAAGUACCCUCAGGAUUGCUGCUAAAGGGGCUGUAACCCUACAGUAAAUAGAACUCUAGACUCUAGAGGAGGCAGAGCCCCAGUUGUAGCUCAGUGGCGUCUGUGCCCCCUGCGACAGACAUGAGACCUGAGACACAGACAUCUGGAGAGGGUGGGAGGGCUUGUUUCUGGCCAACCUCUCCCAGCAUAAUGGGGACCAACCCUGCUGUGUAGGUGACAGCAGGCAGUGCCAGAGACAGAUGCUGGCCUAUGGUCCCUAAAGUGGAGGGACAGGCCUUUCAAGGCCUUCUAGGAUGAAGACGCCCGAUAACGAGCCAGCUGGUGCUCAGCUGUGGUGUACACAGGACCCAGACAGUGUGGGUGAGGACAGGCCAUUCUUUCUGCCAAUAGAUAACUUCCUCCUCUGGUCAGGAUCCUGCCUCAGGCAGGAAUGCGCCUCUGCACCCACAACAGUUUCUGCUCAGACUGCCUGUCAAACCCAUUCUUCUGCCUCUGAAGAUCCCAAGAAGGUGGGGCUUGUGGGUACUCUGUGGGAGUUGCUCCUCUCCCCCGAAAUUCCAUAAUGAGGGCCCGAGUGCUUGUAGGUGUGCUGACCAUGGUGGGCUUUGCGAUGGGGAAGGGUAAGUAGGGCCAGGGUCUGGGAGGAGUGGGAAGAGCUGGUCCUGGGUAUGCUUGAAAGAGCUCCUGGCUCCCCCGUCUCCUUUGUUCUCUGUACUAAGCUCCGGUUGCCCGAGUCCGUACCUGCCACCUGUGCCUCUUAGAAGACCCUUCGCUAGGCUGCAUUUCUGGCUCAGAAAAGUGCACCAUCAGCCCCUCAUCGCCAUGCAUGGUGAUCACCAUCUAUAAAAAUGCUAAGGUUCUCUUCCAUGUGCGGGCCUGUGGACAGCACCAUUCCUACCACUGUCACGAAAGGCACAUCGCCUACCCAUCCAACUACUUAUACAAGGCUGAUUGCUGCCAGUUUGAUUACUGCAACUCCUGGUCCAGUGCCCAGCAUCAGAGCACUCUGCCUGGGCCCCCAGGAAGCCAUCUGGGCAUGCCCCUGUCAGCCUCUCAGAUAAAACAGUUCUACCAGGCCCUGAACCUCUCUCCGCCUCAGCCUGGCUUCCACGCUCAUAAGGUGUCUGAGGGCCUGGACUCUCUCGUUCUGCCCCUGGAGCUGGGCUUGUCCAUUGCUGACCUGCGCCAAAUAUACUUGUUCCUCAACAGCUCAGGGCUUCUGGUUCUUCCCCAGGCUAGACCCUGACAUGUUCCCCUUCCUAGACUCUGCUCUGUCUGAGAGACUCUUCCUUUGAGCCGCCCAGCACCCUGCUCUGUGGUCUCUGAGUACUCAGAUCCUCUGAUCCCUGUAAUCUCUUAGGCCUUCUGCUCAAUGUGGCCAGCUUCUGUAUAGCACCUUGAUCUGGCUGCUGGUUCCUCUUCCUCCUAUUCAAGAAGCUUAAGGACGACUUUCGCCCAGGCUGACCGGACAGUGAUUCCCAUUUUGAGUGUCAACGGUCUUCGUGUACCCUCAGUCUAGUCAUAUGCCAUAUCUGAGCCUCAGUGCAAGGCUUCAUUCAGCAGGAAGGCCAAAGGGUGGAUUUCCGUACCUGGACAUCUGGCAUGGCAACCUAUCUCACUAUCUCCACCAUCCUGGCCUGCUGUCGGCCUCCUUUCACCUGCCUACCUGCCUUGUGAGGGGUUGUGGUGGUUCCCACGUUUCCUCCAUAAUAAACCAAAACUCAGCAAAA